ACGCCUGUUGUUGUGGCGUCUGCCCUCCGUCAGUCGCUCCCCUCUGUUCUCACCCCUUUUCCCCCGUCACACCUCCCCCUCUUUCUCUCUGCCUAUUCCUUCAGUCUAGUUCCGUUGUCCCGUUGGCUUUUUGUAGGGGGUUGAGGGUGGGAUCUCGCGAUUGUUGGACUUUUUUGGAGACUGUGGAAGAUGGCGCCCGUUGUGACGGGGAAGUUUGGCGAGCGACCUCAACCACAACGUCUGACAAGAGAGGCUAUGAGGAACUAUCUAAAGGAGAGAGGUGACCAAACUGUACUCAUACUGCACGCAAAAGUCGCUCAGAAGUCUUAUGGCAAUGAGAAAAGGUUUUUCUGCCCGCCUCCGUGUGUGUAUUUGAUGGGUUGCGGCUGGAAGAAGAAGAGGGAGGAGAUGGAGAAAGAUGGCUGCUCCGACCAGGAGGCCCAGCCCUGCGCAUUUAUCGGCAUCGGCAACAGCGAACAAGAAAUGCAGCAGCUCAAUCUGGAGGGGAAGAAUUUCUGCACAGCCAAGACCCUGUACAUCAGUGACUCAGACAAGAGAAAGCACUUCAUGCUGUCAGUCAGGAUGCUGUACGGCAACAGCAGCAACAUCGGAAUGUUCCUGAGCAAGAGAAUCAAGGUCAUCUCCAAACCUUCCAAGAAGAAACAAUCUCUGAAGAAUGCUGACCUGUGUAUAGCGUCGGGGACCAAGGUGGCAUUGUUUAACCGCUUGCGUUCUCAGACGGUCAGCACGCGCUACCUCCACGUAGAAGGAGGCAACUUCCACGCCAGCUCUCAGCAGUGGGGAGCCUUCCACAUCCACCUCUUGGAUGAUGAGGAGUCUGAGGGGGAGGAGUUUGCGGUGAGGGACGGCUACAUCCACUAUGGCCAGACAGUCAAACUGGUGUGCUCUGUGACUGGCAUGGCCCUGCCCAGACUGGUGAUCCGUAAAGUGGACAAGCAGACCGCUCUGAUGGAUGCAGACGACCCAGUUUCCCAGCUCCACAAGUGUGCCUUCUACCUGAAGGACACGGAGAGGAUGUACCUCUGCCUCUCCCAGGAGAGGAUCAUCCAGUUCCAGGCCACACCCUGCCCCAAAGAGACCAAUAAGGAGAUGAUCAACGAUGGUGCUUCCUGGACCAUCAUCAGCACGGACAAGGCAGAGUACACCUUCUACGAAGGCAUGGGCCCUGUGCCCAACCCAGUCACGCCAGUCCCUGUGGUGGAGAGUCUGCAGCUGAAUGGAGGAGGGGAUGUGGCCAUGUUGGAGCUGACAGGACACAACUUCAUCCCCGAACUACGAGUCUGGUUUGGAGAUGUGGAGGCCGACACCAUGUACAGGUGUGGGGAGAGCGUGCUGUGUGUGGUCCCAGACAUCUCUGCCUUCAGGGAGGGCUGGCGCUGGGUCCGCCAGCCCGUCCAGGUUCCCGUCACGCUGGUCCGCAACGACGGCAUCAUCUACUCCACCGCCCUCACCUUCACCUACACCCCUGAGCCGGGGCCGCGGCCCCACUGCAGCGCGGCCGGCGCCAUCCUCCGAGCCCACAGCACCUCGUCAUCCUCGCCCACGUCGUCUUCCUCCCCUUCGUCCUCGUCCUCGCUGGGGGGCAUGGGGGACGGACAGGGGGGCUACGCUACCAGCGGCUCCACCAGCAGCAUGUCGUCUGCCUCGGCCAUGUCGGUGUCCUCGUAACGGAGUGUGUGUGCGUGCAUGCGUAGGCUUAUGGACCUGUAUGGGACUAUGUACUUGAUGACCCUUGAAGGAGCACUUGAGCUGAGGAGAAGGAUGAAAAGACAUGAGACUUUGAAACAUCUUUCUGGUGCCUCUGGUGCCCACGUGUGGCCGUUAUUGGAAAUGAGCGACGUGUCGGACUUGACUCUUAAGGGAUUUCGCUUACGUUUCGUUCAUCAACCACCUCACUUUGACAAAAGCCUUUUUUGUAAAAGGAACUUUUUUUAUACUACGGUCGUUUGUGAACGACUUUCACCACACACCUUUUCUAUUGAGGAUGUUCCAACAUUAGGGCUUGAAGAUGCACUGCUUGUGUGCAAGGGAAACCUGUGUGGGGAAAAAACUUUAUUAUGGUAACAGUUUCUAUGGACCAAGGAAUAUUAUUAUAUUAUUAUUUUAUUCUUAUGAUAUUUUAUAAGCUUUAGCUGAGGUACAAUUUCACUUUUUUUGUAUUAUAACUUUAUAGUAAUUGAAGUACACUUUUUGUUACCAAAUAGUUUUGAUUUAUUUGUUUUCUUCUUGCGUUUGAGACAUUUCUGUCUUUAAGAAGGGUAGGAAGGUAAUGUGUGCAUCUUAAGUUGUCUAAACUGGUUUCCUCUCCUUGUCUCUUCCAGUUUUACUGACAUACAAGAGUAGUGAGGAAUGAGAGCAAACUCACACUUCCACUACGCUGCCAUUACUUCCUGUUUCUUCAGGUCAGGUGAAGGUGAAAGAAAACUAUUAGCUUGGGCUGUCACUAACAACUGUUCUGGUAGUCGAAUAUUUGUUCAUUCACUGGGAUAAGAAAAUAACAAUAAUACAAAAAGAGAAAAUAUUGCCUUACAAAAUUAUACCACUGGAAGCAAGAGCUGUAAUAUUACUGCAUAAUCAUGUAACUAACAUGUAAUUAAAUAUUUUUAAUCUUACAAUUAUAAAGAGGACCUUCACAGUGCAAUGGACUAUUCACGGCCACUGUGGAGGGUUGAACGUUUUUUUUUUAAGUCGAUUAAUUAGCACAAUACUCAAAUACCAUAAUAGUUGAUGGUAACAGCCCUAGAAACACCCUUAGCCUAUUGAGACACCUCAAAGUGGUGUUUAUUUGCAUAGCUGCCUUAGUUGUUUCUGGCCAAUCGCUUCUCUCUAUCAUAAUUUUUUUUACAACACAGUCAUUUUUGUUGUUGUUGAAAGUGUAUAUGUGGUUAUGAUGUUGUUUUCUACACUAUCAGUGUAUGUGGGAGACCUUCGGAAAGGAAGGCCUGUAUUUUCUAAUCAAUUUUUCCUUUCUUUUAUAUAAGUGAAUGCCCAAAUCCAAACAUAUUCCCCUAACCUCUCAAACACCCCCUUGCCACUAAGAUGUUCUGAUUGGUGGAGGCAGGUUGGAUCUACUCCCAGCCUGGCCCCUGAUAAGUCAUGAGGGGUUCUGUCUUUCUGCUUGGCACCCAACCUUUUAACAUCUCCUGAAGCAGGGAGUAAGGGGCUAAUGGUCAGUUUUGGACCAGGGCCUAAUUCUUUCACAGAGAGCUUUAAAACACCAAGUCUGCCUUUAGCCUUUUAUAGCACCCCCAGCCUUUGUUUAAUGUCUGAUGAUGUGUUUGCAUUAGGAGGGUCAAAAUAACUAAAGUCACUAAAUUAGCUGUACCUGUGUCUUGCUAAGCUAACGCUAAUGUGCAGCGCAAGUUGCUGCACUUGGGCUAAAAGCUAUGGGGUCUUUUGAAUCAUGUUGUCUUAAAACCACUACCUACGAGAAAGAGAGGCCUCUCUUCCCUCUGCUAGCUCCUUCCUCUUGCUGUGUACUGAGUAGUUAACGUACAAUAACCCUUUCAUUGAACUGCCUUAAUGAACAAAGUCUUCAGUCUGUAUUUUGGAAAAGAGGGAUCCUUUUGUUCUUGUUAGCAUUCACAGUAUGAAAAGCAUAUACAGUGUGUACAAUGUCACAUGUCAAAGGAAUAGUUUUUAAACGGAUAGAUUCCAAAACAGCAAUGUGUCUGCUUGGUAGUGUGGUCCUGGACCUCAACAUGACGGUGAGGUUGUCACCAGCUUCACCCAUCCAUGGUGGGACUCUCUCUAUGCCAUCUCUCUUCUGCUCACUGUCUUCUUGUUUGACUGACAAAGUCUUCACACUGUGAAUCUCACAAGCACCAGGACAGGAAAUAAGAACUAUACUCUUAAAAUGCCAAAGUAAUAUUUCUUAUUUUAACUUUGUCGUUAUGCUGGCAGCUUUUCGUUUGGAGUCAGAGAGAGAAUCAUUUAAUUCCAGUAAGAACUCAAUGAUGGGUAAUUCAGUGGACAUUGUUUUGUAUAUCAUUUUUUUCUCAUUUCUAUUUCUCUCCUUUCAUGUCUUUUCUUUUGAGUGUCAUUCUAAAGGUGAGUCUCAGUAUUCGCAAGAGAAAGGUCAAGUAAUAAAAAAGCAGAAGUUUGCCCCUCUGUA